GGAAUCUUCAAAACAGAGCCAUGCCAACCAUGAACUACAUCCAGGCAAUUUAGAAAGAAAACAAGCUAUCGUUCUUGAUACAGUUGACGGAACACCAACACAGGAUUAUGCCCUAGUAAUUGCCACCAAAAUUGAUCCAGAAAACAUCCGACACAUCUCUCGAAUCUCGAACAACCGUGUAUGUGUGUAUUUAUCAUCUAAAGAAAUAGCCGACCAACUAAUAGACAUCCACCAAGCUAUUAUUAUCACCAACCAAAGAAUUUUAAUCCGCCCAUUAUU